AUGAAAACUUUGACUUUGGAUAAAGCUGCAAGUCUGAUUCAGGCAUUAAAAAAUUCACUACAGGAAUUUCGUAGUACAGAAUUUGAAGAAAAUUUUACUCGCACUUCUACAUUAGUUACUACUUUGGGAAUAACAAACACAUCCAUGAGAUUAAAAAAAAAGAAAAGAUUGGAAUUGUACGAAGGACAAGACGAUGGAAUGCAUAUUUCGGAAGUUCAACAUCUUCGCAUCAAUAUUAACAAUGCAGUUGAUGUUUUCAUAAAUCAACUCAAUUGGAGAUAUGAAAAGUUAAUGGAAGUUGCUGAUGAUUUUGGAUUUUUGUCUGGUGCAUCAUUGUACAACAUGAGUACUAUAGAAUUAAAAAAAGCCGCGAUGGAUUUGGCAAUGAAAUACGAAAAAGACAUCAAUGGUGCAGAAUUUAUUGAUGAGAUUUCCGAUUUUCAGAACGUAGUGAAGUCAAUUAUUCCUGACCAUAUUAAAUCUGCAACAGUUAUUGAAUUACUUCAGCUGAUUCAAGACUAUAAUUUAAAAGAAUCGUAUCCAAACGUAGAAAUUGUAUUUAGAAUCUUUUUGACGAUGCCUGUAACUGCAGCUAUAGAUGUGAAGGUAGCUUUAGCAAACUCAAGCUCAUAA